AUGCCUUUUCUAAAUGACCUUCAUGCGAGGCAACGUGAUGCUCAGGUUAGGCGUGCUCAGUCCCUUGCAGCUGGCCAGGGUGUCAAUCCCCGAACGGAUCUCGGCGAAAGGAGUACCAUUACCUUUUCAAAUCCUAAGGCUAGGGAGUACCACGUUAACGGAAAAACAAUUCCGGACGUUGACUUCGAUGUCGGCGAUAGCUGGGCAGGUUUGAUGCCAAUAUCCGCUAACAAGAACGAAACGAGAAAACUUUUCUUCUGGUUUUUCCCUUCGAAGGACCCUCAACAUGUUGAUGAUCUCGUCUUUUGGACGAAUGGGGGACCUGGGUGCUCUUCAUUGGCGGGUUUAUUACAAGAAAACGGCCCAUUUAAAUGGCCAACAGGAACCGCGAAACCCAUCCCUAAUCAAUGGUCGUGGACAAACCUCAGCCAUGUUCUCUGGGUCGAACAGCCUGUUGGGACUGGAUUUUCUCAAGGCGUUCCCGACAUUCACGAUGCAGACGAGUUGGCCGCUCAACUCGCAGGAUUCUUGGUCCAGUUUCUGGAGGUCUUUAACGAACUCAAGGGAAAGAAUUUUUACGUAUCGGGAGAAUCAUAUGCCGGAUACUACGUGCCAUACAUUGCGAAUUACUUGUACGAACAUCCUGGAUUGGUCCCACUUAACACCAAGGGGAUUUGGAUCACCGAUCCAUCUGUCUCAUACGACAUCGUAACGCAAUACAUCCCCGCCUACAAUUUCGCUAACAAAUGGAAAGAUGUCCUCGGUCUAAACUCAUCCUACCUCCAAACGCUCAAGAAUAGAUCGGAUGCUUGCGGCUUUACGGACUAUUCCUCAACCUACGCUACGUACCCACCUCAAGGUCCGCUUCCUCUACCUUCGCAGGCAUACGUACCCGGAACCAUACCGAACGGCGCAAACAUCACGAGCGAAUGUUUGAUAUGGGAUGAUAUCAUCAACGCAGCUUUGACCGUGAAUCCGAAUUUUAAUGUUUAUCGGAUCUUGGACGUAUGGCCCGUCCUUUGGAGUGUACUUGGGUUCCCGGGGUCUUUCUUCAACGUUCAAUCGCCUAUAUAUUUUGCCCGAAGGGAAGUCCAGAAAGCUAUUCAUGCUCCUCCCAUCAACUGGACGGUAUGUUCCUCGAACCCGGUAUUUGUUGACGGUCGGGAUAACUCCGUACCUUCCAUGCUCAGCGUCAUGCCAAAUGUCAUUCAAAAGAGUGAACGGACAGUCGUUAUGCACGGAUUGGUCGAUUUCGUCUUGAUCGCUGAUGGGACGAGAAUCGCCAUUCAAAAUAUGACCUGGGGAGGCUUGCAAGGUUUCCAAACUCCUAUCGCCGAGGAAUCUUUCGUGAUUGAAGGUUUCGGAGCGCUUGGGAACAUGCAUCAAGAGCGAAUGACUUAUGUGGAAGUUAAUCUUGCCGGACAUCAGAUGCCUGAAUAUGCACCCUGGGCUGCCUACAAGACGCUCUGGUAUCUUCUUGGAAGGGGCGACUUAACAUCAAGCGAAAUCGAUGCCACUCUGUAUCCAAAUGAGUAUCAGCUUACUGGGUCGUGGUCAGGCCAACCACCACUUGUUCGGGUUCAGGGAUAA